GAGAGUGUGAGAGAGAGAGAGAGAGAGAGAGAGAGAGAGAGAGAGAGAGAGAGAGAGAGAGAGAGAGAGAGAGAGAGAGAGAGAGAGAGAGAGAGAGAGAGAGAGACAGAGAGAGAGAGACAGAGAGAGAGACACACAGGGAGAGAAACAGAGAGCCCUUUCCUCGACCAGUGGCUCUCUUUCAUUGGCUCGGUGCACUGGACCGGCAAACAGGAAACACUACAACACCAUGCCUGUUUCUGUCGCUACAUCAAGCCUCUACCACUACCGCUGCUACUACCUCGCAUCAUCUUCACUAGAACCAGCCAGCACUCAGGCAGAGGAUCAGAGAGAGAGAGAGCGGGGAGCCCCCUGAAAGACAGACUCGGCGGAGUAAAGAACCAAGAGGCUGUGGCUGAGGCUGGACCAGGGUUACGACGCUACAGACUGAAGCCAAGCAGCUGCCGUGUUUCUGUUCCUGCUCCCAGCUGCUGGAGCUCCAUGCGAGAGGAGAAAAAGUGGAACGGCGGAAAGAGAGAACUGCUGUUCAGAGUCUGGAAGACGGAAGCCCACGUAGCAACACCGCUCUGAAGUGGCUCAACAGAGACAUACUGACUGACUCUCAAAGUGGCUCAAGAGAGACAUACCGACUGACUCUCAAAGUGGCUCAAGAGAAACAUACCGACUGACUCUCAAAGUGGAUGCUCAAGACCACGUUGUGACGCUCCAAGACUCACUGACACGAGGGUUGGCUUCUCCCAACACACCUGACUGAAGGACUGACCCUCGGGUUGUGACCAGAGCAGUGGCUCAUGCUGACACCACACACCGGGACUUAAAGGGAGUUAGUUCUUCUCGACCUGUAGAACCUGUAGAACCUGUAGAACCUGUAGAAUUCUCUUUGACGUCUGACUGUCAGCGUAUGGAACACUGAAUGCCCCCCCAUCCCCAUUAAAAGGACUUCGGUUCAGGUUCUACGGCCAGACUCUUGUAGAUGUAUUGACUUCAUUGUUUUUGCUUCUCUUGAUUCUGACUGUUUGUCUGUGCGCUCAGUGGAAGACCCCCCCCUCUCCUUCCAGCUCCGUGCCUCAUGGCUUGCUACUACAUAGUCAUCAGUUCUACUCACCUCAGCAACGGCCACUUUAGGAACAUCAAGGGAGUUUUCCGCGGACCCCUCAGCAAGAAUGGCAACAAGAACUUGGACUACGCGGAGAAGGAGAGGACGGCGACCAUGGCCAAAGCCUUGGAGGACCUGAAGGCCAACUUCUACUGUGAUCUGUGUGACAAGCAGUACUACAAGCAUCAGGAGUUUGACAACCACAUUAACUCUUAUGACCAUGCUCACAAACAGAGGCUGAAGGAGCUGAAGCAGAGAGAGUUUGCCCGGAACGUGGCCUCUAAGACCAGGAAGGAUGCGCGGAAACAGGAGAGAGCACUCCGGAGGAUACAUGAGCUGGCCGAACAACGCAGAGAGGUUCAUUGCGCUCCAGGCAGUGGCCCCAAGUUCAAGUCCACUACGGUGGCAGUGGAGGGCAGCUUCAGAGACAGCUGUACCGAUGGACCUUCAGAGGAGUCCAACAACUCCACAGUUCUGGAGACAGGAACCCACAACCACACCAGCACCGGCACUGGCCUGGCCACCAACAGCAAGACCCAGAAAACACUAUACUGGCCUUACACGGGAAAGGCCAAGAAACAGACUUACAACAGGCACAAAAUAGCAUUCUCAUUCUCCUUCCCAAAGAAAGCAUCCAUGAAGCUGAAAUCUUCGGCCGCCGCGUUCUGUGACAACACAGAGGAGAUUUCCAAAGAAUGUGUCAGAAGACAGAAGCUCAGAAUGCCCCUGGUUGAGUUGAACAUUCUGGACUCUCCUACUGCAGAGGAAACGGGACCGGGCCAUGGGACAGUGGAGGCUAUUGACACUCAGCCUGGUGAUCUCAGCCCAAACGGCGUUAGUUUUAGCGAGUGGAGCCAGAGGUCAUCAGAUGCACUAGCCAGGUCUGACAUCCCGGUGCCGCCACAGUGCUCACAUUUGUGUUCUGUGCUAGUUAACUCUGAAGAUAUGGCCAGACCGUAUGUGUCCUCCGUCUCCCAAUUACCUGCAUUCCCAGGCAACCCAGACACAGUACUAGAUAGACCGAACUCUGAGGAAACACAGAGAAACAGCCCAACAGGGGCCGAGCCGGAAACAAGCAAACUCCAACAAGAUCGUAAAAUAGCGGAGAGUGUCUGUGGGGAAGAGGACUCCUCCAUUAGCAGUUUCUCUUCUGAGGUCGUCUCCGGUCCUGAUGGUCCCCCUGAGAACGGCUCCUCCUCUCAAUCCUCUCAGUGUCCUGGGACUGCGAGAGAGGAACAGAAAGGAGAAGACAUUACGGUGGUGGUGAAGAGCCUGUCUUUCACCAAGCCCAGCCAGCCCUUCUUCUCUGUGCUCAGCAGAGAUGGAAACACUGUUCUCCAGUGGCCUACAGAGAUGUUGACCUUCACCAGGACAGAGCCCUGUCUCUCCUACAGCUGCAACCCCCUCCAUUUUGACUUUAGGGCCUCACAGCAAUGGCAGAGCAGGGCGAAGGUUAGUGUUGGUGACAGUCAGAGUAAGUUAUCUGUGGCUUUGUGUAUCAGCUCAACCUCUGUCUGCGCUGAGGGACCAACAGAUGUUGACAACAAGCACAACAACAAGGCCUGCUCUGGCCCAAACCAUCAGAGCCCUAUCAGAGACGGCAGGGAGGCAGUGAAGAGGAAGGAUUGUCUCAUAUGUGAGCACCACACGAGUGACACAUACACAGAAAGUUGCAGCUUGCGACUUAAGAGACACAGCAGUGGCGGAUAUAGUAGGCACUCAAAAGGUAGGACUCAAUCUGAGAAAAGAGCAGCAGGUGGCGAGAAAUGGAAAUCCAGAGACAGGCGCCAUUAUAGGAGCCACAAGAAGAAGGGGAGGAGGAGGAGGAGCAGGGGGAUGAGAGGAGGGGGUGAGGAAGAAGAGGAGCACCACAGAGAGAGGGAGACGGAUGGAGGGUUGGAGAGCAAUACAGAGAAAUGCAACAAAUUUCAGAGACGGUCUGAGUGUUGGGAAGGACUUGAUAGCCAAUUUAGAGUCCCCACUUCACAGCAAGUGCAGCCAUUAGAGAAGUCAAAGCAAUCGACUGAGGACAGCAGCUGCGCUGCUCCCUUUGCCGCGGAGGACAGGGAGACGGAGAGGGAGAGGAGGGAGCGGGUUGUGGAGAGGGAGGAAGAGAGAAGUAGACAGGAAACAGCAGGCAGAGUAAACGGCUCAGCGGGCAGCCUCAGCCUCAGCCUCUCGGAUGAAAAGGUGUUUGGGAAGAGCGUCAGGAGAGACCCGGUCCAUCCAUCAACAGAACAGAGAAACACUGCAGGGCAUGGCUCAAAGAGCUCCUCCCAGAGUCACAACAACACCCUUUGCCCUGAGAAACCUCCUGGGGUUGUUAGACAAAACGCAAGCAGAGUGAUGACUGUCACGGCACUAGAGAGCUUAGCCACCGUUACCCCAAAACUAAGCAUGGCCCUUUCACCCGAGAGGCUUGGUGAAGACUUGUGUGAGAGCUGGGCCAGGAAACGGAAAAGGACAGCAUCAAUGUCUCUGGCUGAUAAGGAGCAGGGCCUUGACCUCCAGGGUCCAUGCACUCAGUGUCAGCCAGCUGUAAUGGUAGAGCCCAGUGGGCCAGUCCUAUGUACCCAGUGUCAGUCCACUGUGGAAGAGUCCAAUUGGCCAGAUGGUUCAAUGAGUGAGGAGGGGUCUGCUUGGUCUUGCUGUGUUUCUUGUGGUGGGGAGGGGAGACAGAGGAAGAGACAGAGAGGGUCCAGUUAUACUCCUCACAUCUCAGACCCUCCUGUAGGUCACAAUGUUCUCAUCUCAGACCCUCCUGUAGGUCACAAUGUUCUCAUCUCAGACCUUCCUGUAGGUCACAAUGUUCUCAUCUCAGACCCUCCUGUAGGUCACAAUGCUCUCAUCUCAGACCUUCCUGUAGGUCACAAUGUUCUCAUCUCAGACCCUCCUGUAGGUCACAAUGAUCUCAUCUCAGACCUUCCUGUAGGUCACAAUGAUCACAUCUCAGACCCUCCUGUAGGUCACAAUGCUCUCAUCUCAGACCUUCCUGUAGGUCACAAUGUUCUCAUCUCAGACCCUCCUGUAGGUCACAAUGAUCACAUCUCAGACCAUCCUGUAGGUCACAAUGCUCUCAUCUCAGACCUUCCUGUAGGUCACAAUGUUCUCAUCUCAGACCCUCCUGUAGGUCACAAUGUUCUCAUCUCAGACCUUCCUGUAGGUCACAAUGAUCACAUCUCAGACCCUCCUGUAGGUCACAAUGUUCUCAUCUCAGACCUUCCUGUAGGUCACAAUGAUCUCAUCUCAGAACCUCCUGUAGGUCACAAUGUUCUCAUCUCAGACCUUCCUGUAGGUCACAAUGAUCUCAUCUCAGACCUUCCUGUAGGUCACAAUGUUCACAUCUCAGACCCUCCUGUAGGUCACAAUGUUCUCAUCUCAGACCUUCCUGUAGGUCACAAUGCUCUCAUCUCAGACCUUCCUGUAGGUCACAAUGUUCUCAUCUCAGACCUUCCUGUAGGUCACAAUGCUCUCAUCUCAGACCUUCCUGUAGGUCACAAUGUUCUCAUCUCAGACCCUCCUGUAGGUCACAAUGUUCACAUGGCAGAACCUCCUCUGGAUGUAAUGUCUGUUGACAGAUGUGAGCUGAACGUCCAGAGUGAGAAUCUAGUGAAUACAGCUGUGGAAUAUCUUGAGGUUAAAGGUCAACUUGCCAGCUGUAGUGCCUUGAGUCAGCCAGCUGUAGACAGUAAGUCAAUGGGAGGCUCUCCUCGGCUCCAGAUUCAGAACAAUGUUCCCAGCAUGAAAGAGGAAUGUUCCUUCUCUCCCUAUCAAACUGGACCUGUAAGAGAUCCCCCAAAUCCCCCAGAAAUAAUUGGUAUUACUAAUGAAAACAAAAACAACACUGUUUGCCUCCCAAACUCUUCCACUGUUUCUCUCCCGAUCAUGGUACAUCAUAUAGGAAUGGGUAACGUAGGACAAGAUUGUAUAACAAGGAAAUCAGUGGCAGUGGCUGCCCAUGUCAGUCCACUGGGUGUGAGAGAGAUCAUCCCCCCAUCCAUCCCACAGAUGUUUCACAGACAGAAAACCAGUCAGCACAGUCCCCAGAGCCACCCCACCCACCAGGAGUGCCACAGCCCCCAGCAUACCCAGAUUCAGAGGUUUCAUCCUGGGGUUAGGGUUCAGGACGAGAGAGGGUUCAUGGAGAGCCUGAGACCUGGCGGUACUAACGUUACAGCUGGCCACUACCACAAUCACAGACCGCCAUGUUUCCAUCCGCAUCACCUGUCUGACGGGAUGGAGAAACAGCACUGUCUCGUUCAGAUCCAGACCCACAGGCACGUCCUCCACCACCAUCAGCAACAUCAGGUGUUCCCUGGAAAGAUGAAGCAAGUUCUGUCUGGGUCUCCUGUCGCGGUGUCCACCUCCUGUCCUCCCAUGCUCCACCCCGUCCACCUGUCUCCAUCCCCCAUGUCCCCCAUGCCAACCAGGUCCAUCACUAUCCGACACACCAUUCUCCAUCACCAACAUCACCACCGUGCGGCCUUCCUCCCUACUCACCCCCAACCAACUCUCUUACCCCAUGUUCUGCCUGUCCCAGUCAGCAGCCUGCCUAUUGGGGCAGAAAUGUGUCCCUCUGGCCCCUACCCACCUCCCUUUGUGACCUCACCACCACAACUCUCGGUAAUGGCCCCGCCCAGUUUACACCACCACCCAAUGGCGGUGACAUUCCACGCCAUGCCCCGUCCAGCCAUGUUCCCCUCCAUGCUGCAGCCACACCCACAUCCCACUGUCAUCCCUCUACAGCCCAUGUUUUGAUGACAUCACAUCCCACUGUCAUCCGGGCUACAGUCCAUGUUUUGAUGACAUCACAUCCCACUGUCAUCCGGGCUACAGUCCAUGUUUUGAUGACAUCACAUCCCACUGUCAUCCGGGCUACAGUCCAUGUUUUGAUGACAUCACAUCCCACUGUCAUCCGGGCUACAGCCCAUGUUUUGAUGACAUCACAUCCCACUGUCAUCCGGGCUACAGCCCAUGUUUUGAUGACAUCACAUCCCACUGUCAUCCGGCUACAGUCCAUGUUUUGAUGACAUCACAUCCCACUGUCAUCCGGGCUACAGUCCAUGUUUUGAUGACAUCACAUCCCACUGUCAUCCGGGCUACAGCCCAUGUUUUGAUGACAUCACAUCCCACUGUCAUCCGGGCUACAGCCCAUGUUUUGAUGACAUCACAUCCCACUGUCAUCCGGCUACAGUCCAUGUUUUGAUGACAUCACAUCCCACUGUCAUCCGGGCUACAGUCCAUGUUUUGAUGACAUCACAUCCCACUGUCAUCCGGGCUACAGUCCAUGUUUUGAUGACAUCACAUCCCACUGUCAUCCGGGCUACAGCCCAUGUUUUGAUGACAUCACAUCCCACUGUCAUCCGGGCUACAGCCCAUGUUUUGAUGACAUCACAUCCCACUGUCAUCCGGGCUACAGCCCAUGUUUUGAUGACAUCACAUCCCACUGUCAUCCGGGCUACAGCCCAUGUUUUGAUGACAUCACAUCCCACUCUCAUUCCUCUACAGCCCAUGUUUUGAUGACAUCAUCAUCUGACAUGCCACUGCAGAAAGUAUAGCUUUCAGUCUUCUUUUUUGCUGUUUUACUUACAACUAUUAUUUCAAAUGGGGGCGAAAGCAACAACAAACAAACAAAAAGUUACUGUCAAUUUCAUCUCGUACUUAAAGUAGUCUUUUCUUCACGUAACAGCCCGAAACCUUCUUUAACAAUGGAAAGGCUACUGCCUAUUCAGAGUGAUAAGUGAUUUUCGUUCAUACAAUAUUAUCCAGAAAUAUUUCCUUUAGAGUGACAAUCAAGCAUAACUACAGAAUUAGAACUUGUGCAAUACUACAAAACCAGUCUGAAGCAGAUUAAUUAUUAGAGUGUCCUCUAGACUGUAUUUUUUUUUCUAGUGAAGUGCUUCAAUAGUCUACCUUUAAGGGCAUUACACGCAAUACUAGUUCAAUUAAACAUGAACAUAAACACAGUCCGUUUUUUUAGUGCAAACGGUACGUGUGGAGGAGUUUCACUCUACGUUCAUUUUGUUUCCUAAAGUAUGACAAUUCAUUCACAGAACACUCUAUUGUACAGCAUUCCCUCCGUAGUUUCAGACA